UGUCAGGUUGUAGCCAGGACAGUUUGUAACUGAUUCUAUCAUUUGCAUGAUUCGUCGAAUUUAUCACGCAAUUUAGCAAUCAGCAAUAUGUGCAAGUAAAACAAUAUCCUGUAUAUAUAAUAUGGGAUUGGGUUUAUUCUAACUAUUACCACCACAUCUUUUUUGAAGUUCGGUCAAGAAGGGAGUAUGUUAACAAACUGGAUCACUUUGACGCUCUAUUUAAGCAUUGGCUUUGCAGCAAAUCGUAAAUUUCAUUUACUGUUCGUAUACGUGUUUCCGAUAAAUUUAAAAAUGAAGAAAUAUUCAUUUGUUGUAAUUGUAUAUAAUUUUGUAGGAAAGUGUCUUCUUGACCACUUUUGAAACAAGAUGUUCGAAUGAGAGGUGCUUAACACGGACAUCCAUGGCAAAACAUGUUCCAGUACCUAAAGUUUGUCCAAAAGGGUGGAAAUCGAGAAAGGGGAGUUGUUAUCAAGUGUUUUCGGAAAAGGUGAACUGGUUUCAAGCCCAGAUGAAUUGUCGAAAACAUGAUAGCACGCUUGUUCAAAUUGAGGAUGAACUUGAAAACCAAUGGUUAAAGAAACAAUAUCCUGAUAUUAAAAUGGCAACAUGGAUUGAUGCCGUUGAUUUAGGAAAAGAAGGACAAUGGAUGUGGUUCUCAUCCGGAAAAACCGCAGCCUAUCUCCCUUGGUUCAGUGGUGAACCAAACAAUCACAACUCAAUUGAACACUGUGCUGUAAUAUUUAAUAAUGGCAAUGAAAAAUGGAACGAUACAAAAUGUCACUACAGCUUUUAUUUCAUGUGCGAGAAAAAAAAUAUACUAGUCUACAAUUUGUAAUCGUGAAAAUUUUAUAUUAUUCAAAAUACCCAGAGUGAUUGAAUAAAGUAGACAUAUGCAUAUUAAAUGAUUCAUUUGUAAUUGAUAAAUCAUAAUAAUUCCUAAACAACGAAACACUGAUUCUGAUCGCAUUUUUCCAAUUUGUUUUACAACUCCAAACGUC